CACCGCAGCCAUGACAGAGGCUGAUGUGAACCGGAAGUCCUAUCCCCUCGCAGAUGCCCACCUCACCAAGAAGCUGCUGGACCUUGUUCAUCAGUUGUGCAACGACAAGCAGCUUCGGAAAGGAGCCAAUGAAGCCACCAAAACCCUCAACAGAGGCAUCUCUGAGUUCAUCGUGAUGGCAGCAGACGCUGAGCCCUUGGAGAUCAUCCUGCACCUCCCACUGCAAAGUGAAGACAAGAAUGUCCCCUAUGUAUUUGUGUGCUCCAAGCAGGAUCUAGGACGGGCCUGUGGGGUCUCCAGACCUGUCAUCACCUGUUCUGUUACCAUCAAAGAAGGCUCUCGGCUGAAGCAGCAGCUCCAGUCCAUCCAGCAGUCUAUUGAAAGGCUCCUGGUGUAGGCCUGUGGUUCUGCCCUUCCUGUCUGCUCCCACCCUACUCUGUAUCAUACCGUCUGUUAGCAUGUAGUGUUUUCAGCCAGUUUCUAUUAUAAAUAUUGUACUACAUCUGGUUUUUGUAUUUUUUAUAUGUCUUACAGGGUUGUUCUGUCCCAUC